UGGAGUUCGUCAGCCUAAUAGCUGCAGGCAUGGCGGCCUUUACUGGCCCUGCCAAGCCUCUCCUGUCCCUGAAUCCGCAGCAGGAUGCCAAGUUUCAGAAGGAGGUGGCACAAGUCCGAAAGCGCCGGCGCGCCGCCCAGCAACAGGAAAAGGAAAAAUUGACUCCUGGAGUAAUCUUUGUGGGUCACUUACCUCCAGCACUUUAUGAGACCCAGCUCCAAGAAUAUUUCUCCCAGUUCGGCACUGUGACAAGAUUCAAACUGUCCCGAAGUAAAAAGACAGGAAAUAGCAAAGGCUACGCCUUUGUGGAAUUUGAAUCUGAAGAUGUUGCUAAAAUAGUUGGAGAAACAAUGAACAACUACCUUUUUGGUGAAAGACUCUUAAAAUGUCACUUUAUACCUCCUGAUCAAGUACACGGAGAGCUUUUUAAAGACUGGAAUAUGCCAUUUAGACCCCCAUCAUUUCCAGCAGUGAAACGGUAUAAUCAGAAUCGGACACUUCUUCAAAAGCUUCGGAUGGAAGAGAGAUUUAAGAAGAAAGAACAGUUACUCAGGAAGAGAUUAGCCAAAAAAGGAAUUAAUUACGAUUUUCCUUCAUUGGUUUUACAUAAAAAGGGAGAAAAUGCUGCAAAGCCUCGUCGUCGUAGGAAAACUACAAAGAGCCAGGUUUUACCGAAGAAGACAGAAGAAAUUUCCAACACUCCCAACACUUCUGAGAAGACUCUAGACAGCCAGGCCCCCACGCCAGUUUGUACUCCAACGUUUUUGGAGAAACGAAGAUCUGAAGUGGCUAAAAUGAAUGAUGAUGAUAAAGACGAUGAAAUAGUUUUGAAGCUGCCCACAGGUGCUGUAAAAGAAGAAACACAAGAGACUAAAACACCAACAAGUUCUAGGAAAAAAAGACGGAGAAAAAACAAUCAAUGAUUCUGAAAUGUAUUGUGUAUAAUACUUCUGAAAAACAUAGUUUUAUUAUGAUUCUUUGUACUUAAUUAGAUACAGUGGAGAGAACUUUGAUAGAUACUUUGGGGGGGGAACGAGGUCCAGGUCAACGAGGACUGUGUAAUUUUGGCUUCUCUGCCCGUGCUGAACUACAGGGCGCUACAUCCUGCGGUAGCCAGGCCAGGCUGCCUCUGUCCUGGUGCCUUUUGGUUUUCUUUGCACAUUUCAUAGCUAUCUUUAGUUAUUUCACCUGGGUGGAAGAGUCACCGUUAAUUGUGGGUUUAGACAGUAGAUACAGCCUUUGUUAAAUUAAACCUUGCUUGACCAACACAUGGUUCUCUGUGUUGGGCUGGGCAUAUUUAACACAGGAGGGUUUGACUUGUAUACAUUGGGUGGUAGAAAUGGAGUUAAAAGGAGAGUGAGAAAGAGUAUAAAUGUUAAUACAGAUUUAUUUUUAUGUGACCAUUUUUACCAAUGUUAAAUUUGUUUACAUUAGGCUGCUAUGGAUUAAUAGCUACUGUUAUGUAUCAGUAAUUAUUCCAUUUAUGUGGAAUUGUAUUUCAGGAUUCAGCAACAGUAAAUAAACAUCCACAUAAGUUACUUGUGUGCAGUUGGACUCGGGUACCUUGUGAGUUGCCUUCUUAGCUAUUCACUUUUCAACCUCAAAAUGUGCUUUUGUACUAAUUUAGAUUGAUUAAAAAUAUCUAAUG